UGUUGUGCUCUAUUCGUUUCGUGUGUGUUUGCAAUUGUGUCUGCAAUAAUAAUACAAUUAAUUAAUUUAAAUUAAACAAACAAAUAUUGUUUUCUACAAACAAUUUAAAGAAGAAAAACUGUUAUUUAAAAGGUUUGUGUUAGUUAUUAAAAGAUCAAAAUAUUUUGAAUUGAGGAAAAUAUUGUGUAAAUUAUCUUAUUUAUGUUCGCGGCGUUUGGCGUCGGUUUUUCCAACUGCAAUUGGUAUUAUUGGGUUUAGAUCUUCCAAAAAAAACUACUUUAAAAGGUCCUUCCUUUAAAAAAUGUCAGCCAAGACUUCAACACAGCCGGGACGUCGUACACCAUUGUCAUUGAGUGGAACCGUCACUAAACCCCAUCAAAAUAAAGCUGGCAGUAAUGCUGGUGGUCACAAUGCCAAUGGUCACACUUCCAAUAAACAAGAUAAUAAAUUGCAACAAGCUAAGACUGAGCAACAACAGCAAUCAGUAAAUACUGUAGAUACUAAAGAAAAUCCAAAUAAAAAACAACAGGCUGAUAAAAAACAACAACAACAGCAACAAAAUGAAAAUAAUAAAAAAUCUAAUGAAAAAAAUCAGAAUGGUGUAAACAGUAAUAAACAACAGCAGGUUAAUGAAAGCAAACAACAACAACAACAACAACAACAACAACAGAAUAAGGAUAAGCAAAAUGGAAAUGAAAAUAAAAUAAAUGAAAAAGAGAAAAAAGAAAAAACGGACAAGCCGAACAAAUCAGAUAAAUUGGAAAAACAGCAGGACAAAGUCGAGAAAGGCGAAAAGGUAGACACUAAAAUAAAGGAGAAUAAAGUAGAUGAUGAUAAAAAACAGGAACAAGAAAAAUCUGACAAUAAAAAGGAAGAAAAAUUAUCUAAAGAUGUGAAGGAAAACAAAGAGGAUCAAAAGGUUGCUGAAAGCAAUGAGAAAAUUGAAGCACAACAAAUUAAAAAUGAUGAUAAAAAAUCUAAAGAUGAAAACCAAGUUAAAAAUGCCGAUCAAACACCCAAGGAAAAUGUUGAAAAUAUGGAGGUUGUAGAGGAGCAAACAUCACAGCAAAAAUCUCCACCGGUCACACCUAAAAGUAAUAGUAAGGCCAACAAAACUUCGACUCCUGUCAAUAAAACCCCCACAAAAGCCACCGAAAAGACUCCACAGAAGUCUACGCCGUCUAAAACUGCAGUUAAAACUACUCCCAAUACUAAACGGGAAGUAACCACAACUGUAGAUGAUAAUGAUGACAUUGAAAUGGAACCUUUGGCUAUUGAAAGUUCCCCCGUCAAAUCAUUAGAAACGCAAGAUGUGGCCCAUAUUAAUAUUGCUCCUUCUGCCACAUCAACCCCCGGCAAAUCACUUUUACCUAAGCGUAACCCAGUGGCUCCAAAAUCCGAUGUGCAACUUGCUAUGCAAUCUGGUAUUUCGCCUGAACGCCCUCGAGCAUUUUCACAAAUUUCGGGACGUAAGAGUAUACGCCCUAUUUCGGAUUAUACUCCUUCUAAAUUUCAAUGCAAUUCACAAUUUCGUGAAUCCUACAGACGUAUAAAUACCGAAUUGGAUGUUACAAAUACCAGUAUGAAUGUAACAGUCGGUUCUGAAGUGCCCAAUAAUUUGUCAUUCUCUUUCUUUGGACGUGGACGCAAACGUGAUCGUACACCACCACAACAUUCUCAAUCAGCCAUUGGCGAAUUGCAAACUGAUAUGGAGAUUUCGCCACCCAAGAGAGCACGUCUAGACAUGCAUGGCUUUUUCAGUGCUGUCUCUUCGCCUCUUUCCUUGUUGCGCAAUCGUUUCUCCAAGGCCUCUUUACAAAGCAGUACUCCCGUUAAGUUACAAGAAAAACUUAACGCAGCGGAGGAUGAGAUCGAAGUUCAAAAUGUAUCUGGUGUAUCUGUUCAUGAAGAUAUUGGCAAGUCCGAUAAGGAAACUACUGAAACAAAUACAACAGCCAAUGAUGAUAAUAAUGCAACUUUGGGUGAGGAAGUCAAAGAGUCAAAACUAAAAACAGACAUUGAAACACCGACAUCUGCUCAAGGUGAUUCUGAAGGCAAAGGAUUUACAGAUGUUUCUUUGAAAACCUGCGGUAUGGAACAAUCAUGCGAACAGUCGGACAUCAAAAUCACAGAGACUCCAUUGCAGCCUGUUGUCGGAGAUCCGAUGGCUAAAAACAAAAGAUGCAUUGUUAUGUAAACCAUUUAUUUUGUAUAACAUUUAGAGUUAAUUUUUAAUGUAUAAUCAUUAUAAUCUAACAUAUCCCCCCCAUUACCUGCCCUGUCCUUUCCUUUUUCAAUUAAAAUGUGUUAUUUUAUGUCGUCUGUAAUUAAGAGAGCUCUAAUCUAAACUUUGAACGUAAACGUUAUGAAAAAAUCAAAGUACAUUGUAUAAAAAUGUAUUUAAAGCAUUUUUUAUAAUUUAGUUUAUAAGUAAUUAAUUGAUAAAUGUUUCAAUUUCUUGAUGUUAAAAGAAAUUGCUAACAACCAGAGCUCAUUGUCUACAACAUUUUCUGUUAUGGACUAUUUCUUUUUACAUGUCUUAAGGUAUUGUCUUACAAAAAGACAUGUAAUUACAAAUAGUAUACACUUUUGUAAGAGAAAAUGAAAAAGUUUUAUUUUUAAAGAAUUUCAAUUCUUUAAUUUUUUGACUUUUUUAACACAAACUCGUAAAAUUGAGUUUUGUUUAAAUUUAAAAUUUAUUAAAAUAUGUGUCAAUUUAUAAUAUUUUUAUGGUAAUCCUUUUUUACAUAACAUUUUGCAAAUCUGUCUUGCACAUCUUGAAAGGAAUCAAUUUCUAUAAUAUUUAAAACAUUAAUUUUAAAGAAAUCAUAAUAAAUAUAACAUAAAAUUUUUAAAUAAAAGUGAUUUUUAUAACAAAAAAA